AUGGCCUCCAGAACACCCCUGCGGUCUUUCUCGAGAGCCGCCCAGCUAUUGGGCGACCGGAUACCGUGGACAUGCUCGUCUUGCAGGACUGCAAGCUUCCGGCCUCUACCUCUCCGGCGCGGAGUCGCGACAGCGACGAGUACGUUCAAGAAGCCGUACUAUGUCACAACACCAAUCUUCUACGUCAAUGCCGCGCCGCAUGUUGGUCAUUUGUAUACCAUGGUCAUCGCCGACAUCCUGAAACGCUGGCAGGUCCUCCUUGGUGACAGCGACGCCCAAUUAUUGACCGGCACUGACGAACACGGAAUGAAGAUUCAACAAGCAGCCCUCGAGGCUGGAAUGGACACCCAGGCCUUUUGCGACAUGAAUUGCCGAACCUUCGAGGCUUUGGCAAAGGCUGCCAACCUCGACCAUGAUCAUUUCAUUCGAACAACCGACCCGGAACACCGCCAGGCCGUUCAAUAUUUUUGGGAAAUGCUGGAACAUCGGGGAUAUAUCUACACCUCCAAGCACGAGGGGUGGUAUUCGGUCAGCGACGAGACAUUCUACCCGCAAACGCAGGUGCAAAACUCCCUGGAUCCGUCAACAGGUAGAAAACGUAUGGUCUCGAUUGAAACUGGAAAAGAGGUUGAAUGGUCCUCUGAAACCAACUACCACUUCCGUCUUUCAGCAUUCCAGGACCGCCUGCUCGAACUAUACAAGAGACCGGAUUCCUUCAUCACCCCUUCAACAUAUGCAAACGCCGUCAUCCAGUCGGUUUCUUCCGGGUUGCAAGACUUAUCAGUAUCUCGACCGGCGGAACGCCUGACCUGGGGCAUUCCGGUUCCCGGCGACGAUACGCAGACCAUCUAUGUGUGGUUGGAUGCGCUCGUCAAUUAUCUGACUCGAGCAGGAUACCCUUUCCCCCCGGGCAAGAGAAGACCUCUAUCUGGCCUGCAAACGUUCACGUUGUCGGAAAGGAUAUCGUUCGGUAGGUUUCACUGCGUCUAUUGGCCUGCAUUCUUGAUGGCUCUGGACCUUCCUUUGCCCCGGAACGUCCUCGUGCACGGGCACUGGACAAUGAAUCGCGAGAAAAUGUCGAAAUCUACGGGCAAUGUGGUGAACCCGUUCUUCGCGAUCGACCGAUUCGGCGUCGAUGGCAUGCGCUUCUUCCUGGCCUACCAGGGCGGUCUCGCGGACGACGCCGACUAUGACAAUUCCUUCAUCACUCGUGAUUACAAGAAAUGGCUGCAAGGGGGCAUCGGCAACCUCGCCAGCCGCACCAUUGGGUGUGCCCGGGGCAAGCUGGGCUCGUAUAUUCAAGACGCCACAUCGAACAAGAUGCCGGCCCCGACUCCAGCAGACGUAGACCACCAGAUCAUGCUGGUCACAACGCCCCCGAGGGUUGCCGAACAGAUGACCGGGCUCAACCCGCGUGCCGCGUUGCAGGAAAUUAUGAGCAUUAUUGAGAAGACCAACAAGUACUUCCACGCGGCGGAGCCGUGGAAAACACCGGACCCCCGAUGGACCCUCUACAACGUGGCGGAAUCGCUUCGCAUCGCAGGCAUCCUCCUCCAACCGUUCAUGCCGGGCAAGGCGCAGGAACUGCUUGAGCUUCUUCGCGUAGAUACCUCGAACCCGUCGAGGCGGUCCUAUGCGGCGGCGGUCUACGGCUCGGACCCGGACUACGGUCAAGAUGUCCAGAAAGGCUAUCUUUUCCUCCCCCUCCUCACUGAGGACUAG